AUGUCGCCGUCGGCGACUCAGCCAGUGGAGCAGUCCCCUGCUGCUCCGCCCACUGCUCAGAGGCCGUCUGCUCAAGAUGCUCCAGGCGGUUCGGCAUCGCAGAGCGGCAAGAGAGCAACGAAGAACACGCAGAUCUCGGUCAUUGCAGGAUUGGGCAGGGGUGAGCAGGAAGCCAAAGAUGGUGGCAAGACAUUUGAGAAGCAGGUCGACUUGCCCAAAUUGCCCUUUCCGAAGCUGGAGGAUACGUGCAAGAGGUAUCUGGACAGUCUCGAGGCUUUGCAGGUGAGCAAAUGGCGCCGCGCGCGCUCUCUCCGUUGAGCUUGUUCAUCGUUCGUCUCAGCUCAGCUUCCCCCGCUCUCCUCUGCACAGUCCAAGGAGGAGCACGAGCAGACGACAAGAGUGGUGCAUGGGUUCCUGUCAAAUGAGGGUCCCAAGCUUCAUUCCGAGCUGCAAAGGUACGCCAGCGCGCGACCGUCCUACAUCGAAGAAUUUUGGGACGAAAGCUACUUGACCGCUUCAGAGUCCGUGGUGCUCAACCUCAAUCCAUUCUUCAUCUUGGAGGAUGAUCCCACGCCUUCGCGCGGCAACCAGCUCAUGAGAGCUGCGAGCUUGACCCUCGCCAGCUUGUGUUUCAUUCACGACCUCAGGCAUGGCGUGUUAGAGCCAGACAAUGUUCGCGGCAGUGAGUCGGCGCACCUCACCUUUCAGCAAGACCAAAGCUGACGUGGCACGCUGCUUGCAGCUCCCCUUUGCAUGUCGCAGUAUCCAAAGUUGUUCGGCACCACGCGCAUUCCCACAGAGAAUGGGUGCAGGCUGGAGCACUCGCCCGAGUCUAGGCAUGUCGUCGUCAUGCGUCGUGGUCAGAUCUACUGGUGAGCACUGCCUCUGCGCUUGCAAGCAGCUGCGCUCUGAAGAGAUGCUCACUCGCCAAGCCUUGAUCUGCUUUGUAUUGCCGUGCCACAGGUUCGAAGCCCUGGAUGAAGACCACAGACCUUUGCUGACGGAGCGAGCGCUUCUCAGCAACUUGCGAGCAAUCUGCAAGGAUGCGGAUCAGACAGCUCCGCGAGAUGUUGCCAAGGGCGCUCUCGGCAUUCUCACCACUGAGAAGCGCAAGACGUGGGCUGGGGUGCGCGGUAUCUUGAAGGAGCAUCCUCAUAACGCAAAGUGCUUGGAAGUAGUGGACAGUGCGCUAUUUGUCGUCUGCAUGGACGACAGCGAGCCUCAGGAUCCGGCGCAGCUUUGCUCCAACAUGCUCUCGGGAACGAUUCAGCUGGAUGAGGGUGUUCAGGUCGGAACCUGCUCCAAUCGCUGGUACGACAAGCUGCAAAUCAUCGUCUGCAAGAAUGGCGCAGCCGGUAUUAAUUUCGAGCAUAGCGCUGCCGAUGGCCACACGGUGCUUCGCUUCGUGGCCGACAUCUACACGGAGCUGAUCAUGCGCUUUGCUAAAUCCAUCAACAGUGCUACAAAGUCGCUCUUCCAAGCAAAGACCAGUCCUCACGCCAAGGGCGCUGGCGGCGUGGGCAAGGCAGCGGAUAAGCAGAAAGACUUGGCAGUAGAGACAGACACUGCACCCAAGAAGCUCGAAUGGAAUCUGUCUCCUCCCGUCAGCGCUGCUAUCCGCUUCGGAGAGACUCGACUGAGCGACUUGAUCCAUCAGCACGACGUGCAAGUCCUAGAAUUCAACGAUUGGGGCAAGAACUUUAUCACGAGACACAAGUUCUCGCCAGAUGCGUUCGUGCAAAUGUCCUUUCAGGCAGCUUACUACAAGCUGUACGGCAGAUCCGAGACGACGUACGAGCCUGCCAUGACCAAAGCGUUCUUUCACGGUCGAACAGAAGCUAUUCGCACAGUGCAGCCGUACACUGCAGACUUUGUCACCGCGUUUGACGACAGCAGCGUCAAGAACAAGGCGAAGCUGGAGAAGCUCCGCACAGCUUGCGCAGGGCAUGCAAAGCUUUCCAAGAAUUGCGCAAUGGGUUUGGGACACGAUAGGCAUUUGUACGCCAUGAACUGCUUGGUCAAGAAUCUGGUCGCGCAGGGCUCUGCCGAGUUCAACAGCAUACCUGCCAUCUUUCAAGAUGCAGGCUACGCCACUUUGGGUCAUACCAUCAUCUCGACUUCCAAUUGCGGCAAUCCAGCUUUGAGAUUGUUCGGAUUCGGACCUGUCGCACCUGACGGCUUUGGCCUUGGAUACAUCAUCAAGGAUGACGCUAUAUCUAUCUGCGCUUCUUCAAAAUUCCUGCAGACCGCAAGAUUUAUGCAGGAGAUCGCCGCCUAUCUCAAACAGAUAGAAAGCAUCAUCAUGGAGUGAGUAGUAGCGAUCGCUUUACCUGUUUGCGAGCUCGGGCAGAGGACGAGGGAGUAGAAGGGAGUAGCUGAAAGCGACGCUGAUGUGCUCUCCGCUCCUCGUCGCGUCUUGCAGAGCAUAUCGCGAAGCCAAUGUGCACACGACGAGCACCUACAUUGACCAUCAAGGCAGAGAGUGCGACGUGCGAACAGGUCUACCCAUCGGAUCGAACCAGAACAAGGGAAAUGGAUAUGCCGACGACGAUUACGACCAGCCAGGCACUGGAUACUCUUUCUACGAGGAGCAGAGCACCAAACCCAAUCAGGACGAUGCCGACGGCGUCAAAUCGCCCAGAAGUAGGCUGGCUGGUGUUGGUCGACGUCUACUUGAUGUCGCUUGA